GUAUAAAUAGGUGACCAAUUUUAUACAAUAAACAUAGCCAAUUUCAGCUAAGAUAUUUUUAAUACACAAUAGAAAUGGAGCUAGCUAUUCUUCUUUGUGCUCUAUUUCUUGUUUUGCCCUUACUUGUCACUAAAUGGUACAAAGAGGGUAAUAGUAAGAGAAAAUUACCUCCAGGCCCUUGGAAACUCCCAUUCAUUGGAAACUUACACCAUCUUGUUGAUUGGCAAUCAUCUGAGUUACUACCCCAUCGUACUCUUGCUAAAUUAGCCUCAAAACAUGGACCCUUAAUGCACAUGAAACUCGGUGAACGUUCAGCCAUUGUUGUGUCCUCUCCUGAAAUGGUUCGUGAAGUGAUGAGGAAACAUGAUCUCAACUUCUCUAACCGACCAGUGCUUUUGGUUGGAAAGGAAAUGUUCUAUGACCAUGCUGACAUGGGAUUUUGUAACUACGGUGAUUUCUGGAGACAAAUGCGUAAAAUUUGUAUUCAGGAACUCCUUAGUCAUAAAAAUAUUCAGUCAUUCUAUCCCAACAUGCUCAAUGAGAUGACUAAUCUUGUUAGCUCAAUUAAAAAUUCUGCUUCUGAGGGAAGUCCAAUCAACAUGACGGAAACGUUGUCUUUGUACACUAAUUCGGUCAUAUGCAAAGCAAGUGUAGGCAGAGUUUGUAAAAAUCAGGGGUCUUUGAUUGAAAUCAUGAGAACAGUGUCUGGUUCAGCUGGAGUGUUUGAUCUCGCGGAUCUUUUUCCAUCGAUGAAAAUGAUUCAUUUCAUCAGUGGAUUAAAAUACAAAUUGCGUAAAAUGCAUGACGAGGUUGAUGUUCUUUUAGAAGAAAUUAUUAAUGAACAUGAAUUCCAGAAUAGUGAGACGACCACAGAAGAAGAUAUAGUUGAUGUUCUCUUAAGGCUGCAAAAGAGCCAAGAGUUUUCAAUUCCUAUUACAAGGGAUAAUAUCAAGGCACUAAUCAUUGACUUGUUUUCAGGAGGAUCUAUAACUUCAGCAUCAACAAUUGAAUGGGCAUUUUCAGAAUUAAUGAAAAAUCCCGAAAUAAUGAAGAAAGCACAGGAUGAAGUUAGAGAAGUAUUCAAAGGAAAGGAAAAUGGAAUCGACCAAACCGAUAUUCACAAACUCAAAUACCUAAAAAUGGUAGUUAAGGAGACUGUAAGGUUUCACCCCUUAGCUCCAUUAUUAGCUCCAAGAGAAUCCAGGGAAGAGUGUGAGAUUAAUGGCUAUGUUAUACCCAAAGGCACAAUGGCACUAGUCAAUUUUUGGGCAAUUUCAAGGGAUCCAAACUAUUGGCAAAAUCCUGAAACAUUUGAUCCUGAGAGAUUUAAUGAAAGUCAUCUUGAUUUUACUGGAGCGCAUUUUGAAUUUACGCCUUUUGGCACAGGAAGGAGAAUUUGUCCAGGGUUAUCAUUUUCAAUGGCUACUGUUGAGCUUAGUAUAGCACUAUUACUAUACCAUUUUGAUUGGAAGCUUCCAAAUGGAAUGAAACCUCAUGAGCUGGACAUGACUGAGACAUUUGGCAAUGCUCUUGAGAGGAAAAACAACUUGUUCUUGAUUCCUUCGCCCUAUGUUCAUGCCUAACGCUGAGAAUUAGAGUCCUUACAUAUUUACUUCUACUUAUAAGAAUAAAGUUGUAUCAAGAUUCCUUUAUUGUCUUUUCUAUUAUACCAUAAAAAAUACGUGUUUCUGUCUUAUUAGUAUGUGUUACAAGAAAAGCUUACA